GGUGACCGAGACAAAGGCUCUCGACCUGGCAGCCCCAAUGGCGUAGGCAAGAGUGAAAAGGCCGAAGCUCACGAUGACAAUGUCACCGAACAGGCCAACCACAUCAUCAUCCCAAGCUAUGCAGCCUGGUUUGAUUACAACAGUAUUCAUGCGAUUGAAAGGCGUGCCCUACCAGAGUUUUUCAAUGCCAAGAAUAAAUCUAAGACACCCGAAGUCUAUAUCGCAUACCGCAAUUUCAUGAUCGACACGUACCGGCUCAAACCCAACAGAGUAUCUGACGGUGACCGCAUGCCGGAGGAAUUUGGCAGGAGACGUGUGCGCCAUUAUGAGGGUUCACGCAUUCCUGGAGCAGUGGGGUCUGGUGAACUACCAAGUUGAUGCAGACAGUCGUCCGAGCCCCAUGGGUCCUCCAUCAACAUCGCACUUCCACGUGCUGGCCGACACCCCCUCGGGACUGCAGCCGCUCAACCCUCCCAGGACUCAACAGCCUUCAGCAGCGCAGCAGAUGCUGAACCUGGAUAAGGCCAAGGAGGAGGGCGGCAAGGACGAAGGAGGGGGCAUCCCUGCCCGUGGGGGCGCUGCAAAUGCCACGACCAUUGGGGGCGACGCCCUGGGCCUCAAGAUGGACCAGUAUGCUAAGAAGCAGGCGUACCUGCGCCACAAGGCGGCCGCCACGGUGUCGCGUGAGUGGACCGAGCAGGAGACCCUGCUGCUGCUGGAGGCCCUGGAGAUGUACCGCGAGGACUGGAACAAGGUGUGCGAGCACGUCGGCAGCCGCACCCAGGACGAGUGCAUCCUGCACUUCCUCCGGCUGCCCAUCGAGGACCCCUACCUGGACGACCCGGCCGCCGGCGGAGGCGCCCUGGGACCCUUGGCCUUCCAACCAAUUCCUUUCUCUAAGGCGGGCAACCCUAUAAUGUCCACUGUUGCAUUCCUGGCUUCGGUGGUUGAUCCUCGUGUGGCGUCUGCAGCAGCCAAGGCUGCAAUGGAGGAAUUUGCAAAGAUCAAGGACGAG